AUGAUGCGCGGUUCGGAGGGCUUCGGGCUUCGGAACCUCGUCCGCGGCCAGCUCGUUGGGUGCCGCGAGCGCUGGCAGCUGGAGGUGUCGUGCCCGGAGCCCGGCUGCCUGGUGCUCCAGGUCGAGGAGGCGCGCGCCUUGGCGGAGGCCAUCGACGGCAGCAGCCUCUGGCCCUGUUUGGGCGAGGAGGAGGUGACGCGCUGCCCUCUCUGUGGCGCGGCGGGGCCCGUGUACGCAAACCGCGCCUGUGGCCACGGAGCCUGCGAGGGUUGCUGGCUCGCCGACCUUGAGGACAAGCUCCGCUGGGGCCGCGAGAACGCUGCCAUGGACAUCCCUUGCGUGCACAAGGGCUGCAGCGAGGGCUGCUUCGAGACGCUGGGCCUCUUCGAGAGCCCCUUGCUCGAGGAGGUCGGGCUCUUCGUGCGGGAGGCCAAAAGGAAAGUCCAGGAGCUCUCGCCCUGGUGCGCGCGCGGGCCGCCCGCCGCGGCGGGGCCGCUCUGUCCCGAGUGCGGCCGCCGAUCCCUCGCUCUGCUGCACUGCAGCUGCGAUCUCGUGGCUUGCACGUCCUGCUGGCAGGGCUUCGUCCAGCAGCAGCUGGCCCGGUGCCAGGAGAGCUUCCAACUGAAUCACCUGAGCCCGCUCGGCUGGCAUCCCUGGCGUCCGGGAUGCUCCUGCCAAGAGGACCUGCUGGAGCUGCUGGCCCCAUCCCUCGCCGCGCUCUUCGCCGAGCAUGCCUUGCGGGUCCAGCGUGAGAAGCGGGAGCUGAGGCGCCUGGCGCCCUACGCCGUGCCUCGGAAAGUGGCCGAUGGCCCGGCACCCCCAUGUCCCAUCUGUGGCGAGGUGUGCCUGGCCCUGCUUCAUCCGCCUGGCUGCGAAGAAGGGCACAUGGCCUGUGCGGCUUGCUGGGCGAAGUGGGCAGAGGAGCAGAUCGAGAGCUGCCGCCGGGGCAACCACUUUCCAUCACGGUGCCUUUGGCCGAACUGCGAAGCGAAUGUGCGGCAGGAGGACCGGCUGUGGCAUUUGGUGAAGGGCUCCCCCCAGCUCACGCAGCUUGUGGCAGACCUCGACCGCCGUCAUCGCCUGCAGCAGAGCCACCUCUACCCUCCCGAGGUUCAGGUGGACUGCCCCCAGCCGCUUUGCGUGGGGCUUGGGUACCUGGGCUUCGACACGGUGAUGUGCUUCAUCUGCGAGCACCAGUGGGACGCCUUCACGGGAGUCGUCGAGUCGGCUGAGACAGAGGUGCCGGAUGAGGAGGUGGCGGAGGCGGCGGUCGCCGGGGUCCGGGUCAAGAGGUGCCCCAACUGCCACGAGUACAUCGAGAAGAACGGGGGCUGCGACCACAUGACCUGCCGCUGCCGCCACGAGUUCGCCUGGACCACGCUGAAGCCCUGGAGGAGAGCAGGAGGCGGUGCUGGCACCUAA